AUGGAUUACACAGUUCCCGGGGCAGUGAUCAAUGGAGAAAUACACGCACAACUCACUGGAGAAACAAAGAAAAAAGAAGCAGGGAAUCAAACACUAGAUCGGGAUCACUGGAACAACAAGCUGGAAUACGUGCUGUCUGUGGCAGGAGAAAUCAUUGGUUUGGGGAAUGUUUGGCGGUUCCCUUAUCUCUGUUACAAAAAUGGUGGUGGUGCCUUCUUCAUUCCCUACCUCAUCUUCCUUUUCACCUGUGGAAUUCCAGUGUUUUUCCUGGAGACAGCCCUGGGACAAUAUACCAGUCAGGGAGGGGUCACUUCCUGGCGGAGGCUAUGCCCUCUUUUUGAAGGGAUUGGGUAUGCUUCUCAAGUGAUUGUGGUACUCCUUAAUUUCUAUUAUAUUAUUGUCCUGGCUUGGGCCUUGUUUUACCUCUUCAGUUCAUUCACCAUAGACCUUCCGUGGGGCAGCUGUGACCAUGAAUGGAAUACAGAGAACUGUGUGGAAUUCCAGAAGAAUGCCUCUCUAAAUGUGACAGUGGAAAAUGGCACCUCUCCUGUCAUUGAAUUUUGGGAGCGAAGAGUGUUAAACAUUUCUGAUGGCAUAGAACAUUUGGGUACAGUGCGUUGGGAACUAUCACUGUGCCUUCUUCUGGCCUGGAUCAUCUGUUAUUUCUGCAUCUGGAAAGGGGUUAAGUCUACAGGCAAGGUAGUAUACUUCACUGCCACCUUCCCAUACCUCAUGCUGAUUGUUCUGUUGAUCAGGGGGGUCUCCUUGCCUGGAGCAUCUAAAGGGAUCCUCUUCUAUCUUUACCCAGACCUCACUCGACUCAGUGAUCCUCAGGUAUGGAUGGAUGCAGGCACUCAGAUCUUCUUCUCAUAUGCCAUUUGCCUGGGGUGCCUAACAGCUUUGGGCAGCUACAAUAAGUAUCAUAACAACUGUUACAGGGAUUGUAUCGCUCUGUGUUUUUUGAACAGUGGCACAAGUUUUGUGGCUGGCUUUGCCAUUUUUUCCAUUCUGGGUUUCAUGGCAGAAGAACAGGGAGUGCUUAUUUCGGAAGUAGCUGAGUCGGGACCUGGUCUGGCUUUCAUUGCUUAUCCACGAGCUGUCGUCAUGCUGCCUUUCUCCCCAUUAUGGGCUUGUUUCUUCUUUGUUAUGGUGGUUCUUCUGGGACUGGACAGUCAGUUUGUCUGUGUGGAAAGCCUGGUCACUGCUGUAGUUGACAUGUACCCUGGAAUCUUCCGGAAAAAGAACCGCAGAGAAACAUUAAUUCUUCUCGUCUCCAUCCUCUCGUACUUCGUGGGUCUGGUCAUGAUCACAGAGGGUGGGAUGUAUGUCUUCCAGCUCUUUGACUACUAUGCUGCCAGUGGGAUGUGCUUGCUCUUCGUUGCCAUUUUUGAGACCAUGUGCAUUGGCUGGGUAUAUGGUGCUGAUCGUUUCUACAAUAACAUUGAAGACAUGAUUGGGUACAGGCCUUGGUCUGUUAUUAAGUACUGUUGGUUAUUCAUCACACCAGCUGUCUGCCUGGCAACCUUUCUCUUUUCUUUGAUUAAAUACACCCCAUUGACAUACAACAAGAAAUACGUGUACCCGUGGUGGGGAGAUACCGUCGGCUGGCUGCUUGCACUCUCUUCAAUGAUCUGCAUCCCCCUCUGGAUUGUCUACAAACUCUCCACCAUUAAAGGAUCCCUGAGAGAGAGGUUCCACCAGCUUGCCUGUCCAGAUGAAGAUUUGCCUCAGAGAAUGUGUCCAGGCCAUCAUCUCUUCCCUAUGACAGAAUUAGAUUCCCGCUGUUAGGCGUGGACUCCUCAAUCUCUGUUGGACAAUCUUGGCCUACGACCAAGAAGAGAGGAACCAGCCACCUUGUUUCCCUCUCUUUGAAAGAAUCUGGGAAGGCUGCUAGAGAACGAGGGUUCUCCCCAGAAGUUGGGGUGCAAGGCAAUGCUGCUGCUUCUGUUUAGCAGCAUAUUUAGAGGAGGCAAUUUAAACCACAAUGUUCUCCUAUGAGUCUGUCUAGGAGUGGAACAGGAAGGACUGAAUAGUGUGAUGGAAACUUUUUUUAACAGGAGCCCAGAAUUCCUCUUGCAUAAGGUUUAGGGAGUGUUCCAGCCCAUUUAUAAAAUCCACGUUUCUUCCAAUGAUUUAUUGCUUAUGUGUCUGUGUUUGUUUGUUUGUUUUAAAAAGGGAGUGGGUCCUUGCUUCAACUCCA